GCGCCCGCAGCGGCCGGGGACGGGAAGUGGGCGGGGCCGACCGGCAGCAGCUUGCUGGACGCGGAGCGGCGAGGAGACUGCUGAGGCCCGCGGAGACCUGGGGGUGAAGCCUGGAGACCCUCUUGCCCUGGCCCAGCUGCAGGCCCCCGGGAUGCUCUGGGCAUGUCCUCUGGAGCCCCACAGAAGAGCAGCCAGAUGGCCAGUGGAGCUGAGGAGACCCCAGGCUUCCUGGACAUGCUCCUUCAAGACUUCCCAGCCCCACUGAACCCAGAGGACCCUCUGCCAUGGAAGGCCCCGGGAAUGAUGCUCAGCCAGGAGGAGGUGGAGGGCGAGCUGGCUGAGUUGGCCAUGGGCUUUCUGGGCAGCAGGAAGGCCCCGCCACCACUUGCCGCUGCUCUGACUCAUGAAGCAGUUUCACAGCUUCUACAGACAGACCUUUCCGAAUUCAGGAAGUUGCCCAGGGAGGAGGAAGAGGAGGAGGAGGAGGAUGACGACGAGGAGGAAAAGGCCCCUGUGACCUUGCUGGAUGCCCAAAGCCUGGCACGGAGUUUCUUUAACCGGCUCUGGGAAGUUGCCGGCCGGUGGCAGAAGCAGGUCCCAUUGGCUGCCCGGGCCUCACAGCGGCAGUGGCUGGUCUCCAUCCACGCCAUCCGGAACACUCGCCGCAAGAUGGAGGACCGGCACGUGUCCCUCCCUUCCUUCAACCAGCUCUUCGGCUUGUCUGACCCUGUGGACCGUGCCUACUUUGCUGUGUUUGAUGGUCACGGAGGCGUGGAUGCUGCGAGGUACGCUGCUGUCCACGUGCACACCAACGCUGCCCGCCAGCCAGAGCUGCCCACAGACCCUGCAGGAGCCCUCAGAGAAGCCUUCCGGCGUACUGACCAGAUGUUUCUCAGGAAAGCCAAGCGAGAGCGGCUGCAGAGCGGCACCACAGGUGUGUGUGCGCUCAUUGCAGGAGUGACCCUGCACGUCGCCUGGCUCGGGGACUCCCAGGUCAUUUUGGUACAGCAGGGACAGGUGGUGAAGCUGAUGGAGCCACACAGACCAGAACGGCAGGAUGAGAAGGCACGCAUUGAAGCAUUGGGUGGCUUGGUCUCACAUGACUGCUGGAGAGUCAACGGGACCCUGGCCGUCUCCAGAGCCAUUGUGGAGCCAAAGAGGCCGGACCAAAAACCUGUGCCUCGCUACCCUGUGGGCUGGAAGUAA